AUGACUUUCUCACAUUCUUUCACUUGUUUUCUUUUCUUUCUAAUUUUGUGUUUGAUCAUUUCUGAAUGCCACGCUGAUGCUAAUGAUAGUCAGAAUACAACAAAACUAGUGAUUGAUGCUAGUUUUAGAAGGCCUAUUCCACACACAUUCUUUGGAGCAAUGUUUGAAGAGAUUAAUCAUGCUGCAGCCGGAGGAAUUUGGGCAGAACUUGUGGAUAAUAGAGGUUUUGAAGCAGGAGGUUCAAAUGUACCUUCAAAUAUUUUUCCAUGGACAGUUAUUGGAGAAAACCAAUCAUCGAUUAAUGUAUCAACUGAACUUUCCUCUUGUUUUGAGCGUAAUAAGGUUGCUUUACGUAUGGAUGUUUAUUGUGAUGGACAAUCUUGUCCACCUGAUGGUGUCGGUAUCUCCAAUCCAGGUUUUUGGGGAAUGAAUAUUGAAGAAGGAAAGAAAUAUAAAGUAGUGUUCUAUGUUAGAUUACUUGGUCCAACUGAUUUACAAGUUUCAUUUGUUGGAACUGAUGAUGGUGUUAAAUUAGCUUCAACCAACAUAAGAGCUUCUGGAGUUAAUGUUACAAAGUGGAAUAGAAUGGAGACAAUUCUUGAAGCCAAUAGUACUAAUCACAAAUCAAAUCUACAAAUAACAACAACCAAUAAAGGAUCAAUAUGGUUAGAUCAAGUCUCAGCCAUGCCUUUAGAUACAUAUAAGGGUCACGGUUUUCGAAGAGAUCUUUUUGAAAUGUUGGUGGAUUUGAAGCCAAAUUUUUUUAGAUUUCCAGGUGGAUGUUUUGUUGAAGGAGAUUAUUUAAGAAAUGCUUUUAGGUGGAAAGAAACAGUUGGAGCAUGGGAAGAAAGACCCGGACACUAUGGUGAUGUGUGGAAGUAUUGGACUGAUGAUGGAUUUGGUUAUUUUGAGGGGCUUCAAUUAUCAGAGGAUCUCGGUGCAUUUCCAAUUUGGGUGUUUAAUAAUGGUAUUAGUCAUCAUGAUGAAGUUAAUACAUCUGCAAUUUCACCAUUUGUGCAGGAAGCUCUAGAUGGUAUUGAGUUUGCUAGAGGUUCCCCGCAAUCAAAAUGGGGUUCUCUUAGAGCUUCUAUGGGACAUCCAAACCCAUUUGAUUUAAGAUAUGUUGCCGUUGGAAAUGAAGAUUGUGGUAAAUAUAAUUAUCAAGAAAAUUAUCUUAUGUUUUACGAAGCUAUAAAACAAAAUUAUCCAGACAUUCAAAUUAUCUCAAAUUGCGACGGUUCUCAACAACCACUUAAUCACACCGCGGAUUUUUAUGAUUUUCAUAUUUAUACAAAUUCAUCAGACAUGUUUAACCAAUCUACCAGGUUUGAUAAUGCAUCACGAUCCGGACCAAAGGCAUUUGUUAGUGAGUAUGCUGUUUGGAAAGAAGAUGCAGGCAAUGGAAGUCUUUAUGGAGCUGUGGGAGAGGCUGCAUUUCUUAUUGGACUUGAAAAAAAUAGUGAUCUAGUCAGCAUGGUUGCCUAUGCACCCCUCCUCGUAAACACAAAUGAUAGAUAUUGGAUACCAGAUGCAAUUGUAUUUAAUUCUUAUGAAAGUUAUGGAACUCCAAGUUAUUGGCUCCAACAUUUCUUUAUUGAUUCUAGUGGAGCAACCUAUCUUAAUUCAAUUCUCCAAAAUUCUACUAGCUUAAUUGUUGCAUCUGCUAUUCAGUAUAAUAGUUCUCGAGAUGGGAAGAAUUAUUUAAAAGUGAAGGCAGUGAAUUUUGGAAAUGUGACACAGAAUUUCAAUAUUUUAAUUAAUGGCUUAGAAUCAAAAGUGCAACAAUAUGGUUCUUCAAUGAUGGUGCUUACAUCUUCCAAUAGAACCGAUGAGAAUUCUUUCGCAGAACCUACAAAGGUUGUGCCUAAAAGAACUCCACUUUAUAAUGCAAGCAAUGACAUGACUGUUGGACUUCCUCCUUAUUCAGUUACAUCACUUGAUUUAUUAAUUUAGAACAAUAUAGUAGAAUGUUUUUUCUUUGUUGCUGUUGGAAGAAUGGUAAAAUGUUGCUUAGAAUUAAUUAUUGGAAGAAAUGUAUACAGUUUUAUUUCUAUUGAAUAGAGUACUUCUUCUUUACCAUCCA